AUGAACGACUUCAACAUAUAUAUCAUAUCCUGGCUCAAAGAAUUACCCACAGAUAUCUCAUACUCAACGCGCGUCAAGCCUCCCUGUGAAAAUCGACCUUACGCCGCAGGAACUCCCUCACCACCACCUUCACACCACAAGAUAUAUCCCUCUACGCCACAAAAUAAACAAAAUAAAAAACGGAGGCUCGACAGUGUUCCAUCGUUACCUGCGCCGCCUGAUAAUCAUGUCGACGAGGAUCCGAAUGCAGAGACGCCUAGACAAGAAGGACCGCAUUCGGUAUCUGAAACCGACGAUUCUAGCAGCCACACGUCGAACCGAUCGUCGCCGAGUAAAACCUUCUCGAAGCUUUCGCUGAAUCCCGAUGGCCUGGAAGAAAAGCAGCUUGAUUUCUUAGAUUCAAGACUUCCAGACAGUUUGGUGCAACUUGCAACCGACAUGGAAGAGAUUGGAAUGGCGGAUCGUGUCAUACCGGACUAUCUUGAGACAGAAUUGACCGACCUGCAAAAGUCUUCGAAAGCUCAUGGCUUAUUCAGACCUAGAAUGUUUGACAAGUCCUUGGAGCAGCCGAAAAGAUUCCUCUCACACUUGCAUCACAAGCUCCAACUCGAUGCGAUCAUCCAGCUUCUCGGCGACGCCAAGGACUGCAACGACAUGGAAGACGAUGAGGCCGGAUGGAAUAAUCUUGUUCACACGCCACUUCUCAAAGCAGCUUUCUAUGGGAACACAGCACGAGGUCGCCAGCUAGACGGAUUCCGACCAUGUACAAGCGCCAGCAUCCUCCCUGCAUAUCGAAUAAAAGGGUCGUUGGGGAAAAAGGUCGACUACGUGUUUCAUCUCGACCCUGAGAAGGACAGCUGCCAGCCCGAAACGGUAGACGCAAUCAAUACGUGGCGAGCUGCACUUACGGACAAUUCUAUUAACCAUACGCCAUACGCUCCAUUACGACGUUUUCCUAUAUCAGUCAGCAUCGAAACGAAACCAGGUGGCAUUUCUACGCGCAAGGCGCAGUUGCAGAUGGGUGUAUGGCACGCUGCUCAGUGGCGACAUCUACAUAAGCUGGCUGGCGGAAACCUGCAAGCGUUACCCUUCAUCCCGGCAAUACUGGUCUAUGGACACGACUGGGUCUUUGUAGCCUCGACGUAUGAGAAUGGCAAGACGACUCUCUGGACUGGCGGCACUUUUGGCUCGACAUUAAGAUUAUUGUCUUCGUUCCAGGUCAUUGCUGGCAUCCAAAGAUUGAGAACCUGGGCUAUGGAGGUUUUCUGGCCUUGGUACAAGACAUAUGUCCUCAGAGUUACGACUCCAGUGUCAGCACCAACCUGA